AUGACGCAGCUCAGCCUGGUAGCUCAGCAAUCCGAACCCGAACCCCACCAGGCGGCCGCGCGAGUGGCAGCUCUCGAGGCAGAGCUUCAGGAGCUCUGCGCUGCAGCACGGGCGCCGGCACAGAGGAACUGGCUACGCUUUGCGCGGGAGGCCCUCCGCAAGCUUGGCCCUCCUCAUCGCUUUGCGGUGCUCAGAUGUGCGCUUCAAGACAGGCAGGCGAGCCUGAGGCAGCAGCGGCAAGUACUAGAGAAAAGGCUGGAGGAGAACGGACUGCCACCACUCGGCGAGGGUGAGGAGUUCCUGCAGGAACUCCAGGCAGAGUUACAAGACCUCCAGCUUGGCGGAAGACAGUGGCGCCAUCGACUUCAAGAGACCGCUACGAAGUUAGGCGAUCGAGGACGGCGCCUUUCAUUUUCGCAGCAGUUCUGUCCCGCGGAGCGCGAGCUCCUCCGGCUACAGGCAGAGCUGCAGCAUGCGCAGGGCACCAGCAAGGAGACUCAGGAGGCGGAGCUGCAGCAGCUCCGCGAGGAGGUCGCAGCUUUGGAAAAGGCGGAAGAGGAAGCUAAGGCGGCAGCAUCGCUGGGAUCUAAGGGCAAUCGUCUUGGCCCAGCCUUUGACAAGCAUCAGAGACGAAGGCUGCCCGCCGCGGCGCCCGGAAACGCUGCCUCCGCUGAGAAGAUUGAGAUAGCUGGCCUGAGCGCCAAGAUGGUUGCCACUCCGGGGCCCUUGAACGUCUUGGGAAGCUUCGACACGAUCGUGAGCCUGCUCUGCAUCCAUCACAUCCGCGACUGUGAAGCUCAGCUCCGCGAGCUGGCAACGCAUCUCUCACCCAGCGGCCGGAUUGUCGUCAUCGAUUUUGAGGCCACUGAGAAUGCACGCCUUUUCCACAAGAAGUCGGAAACGAGAGGUGAUCACUACGAGCACGACGGUCUGGAAGCGGAUGCACUGCACGGGUGGCUCACUUCGGCAGGGCUGCAGAAUGUAGAGGUUCACCGAGCGCCCUUCGAGAAAGCUCGGGCAGAAGGUUGGGAAGAUGCCGGGCGUACGGAGACCUUCCAGAUGUUGAUCGCUUCGGGAUCGCGAGAGUGA